UAUUAGGGCUGUCAGUCGGUUUUCGGUUAACCAAAAAUUCGAUUUUCGGUUUAACCGAAAAUUUGAUUUUCGGUUAAACCAAGCAACCCCCUAGCACUACCGACUGGCGCGUUUUACACGGUCACUGCCUUACUGACCGGUCGGUUAUCGGUUAUAACCGCGGUUAGCUGAAUUAAAUUUAAAAAAAUAAAUAAAAAAAAAAGAAAUCGCCACACAUUUUCGUCCUUAUCUUCGUCUUCUUCUCGCCUCACCCAAAAAGAAAACCCACGUCUUUUCUUCUCCCCUCUCUCUGUCUUGCCUCUACUAACCGUCUAAUCUUCCAUCUCCAAGCCUCUUCUUCUCCCCUCUCUCUCCCAACCAAAACCAUUCUUUUUUUCUCUCUCUCAGCCAAAUUCAAUUCCCAUUCUCUUCUUCUCUGAACACAUGGAGAUAUGGACAAAGACCACUUUUCUUUUCCUUCUCACUUUCGCGCCCGCGGUUCAUCUGCUCGGGGACGGCGACGACGGAUGGACGGUAAAGAGGAAGGAUGGAGGCGGCAGUGCGAGGCGACGCGAUGAGGACGGGAUCUGGGCAGCGGCGAGGAAGGGAUCUAGACGGGUGCGACGCGAUGAGGAAGGAUCUGCAUGGCGGUGAGGAGGAAGGCGGCGGCCGUGAGGCGACGAGGAAGGGAGCUGGGCGGCGGCCGUGACUUGUGAGGGUGAGGGUCUGAUGAGGGGAUUAUAGGGUUUCAGAGUGGGGUUAAGGGUUUUAUAUGUCGUUUUUUUUUUUGCAGGGAUGGCAAUAUAUGAGGGUUGGUCGGUUUGGGUCGGGUUUUUCGGAUAACCGCGGUUAAUAAUCGUCGGUUACUCGGUUAUCCGAAGCUUUUUAUUCUCCUUCGUGCACCGACCGAAGUAAUUUUAGUCUCGGUUUUCGGUUAGCCGAAAACCGGUCAGUUCGGUUGUAACCGACGGUUAUCCGCUAACCGGAAACCGAACUGCCAGCCCUACUUACUAUAAAGCUUAUGACAUGAUUAGAUGUUUUUUCGUUGGUUGAAACGAAGAGAGAUGACAGGUUGAGAGAAACGAAAUGGAGCGGAAUAAGAGGUGAAGGUCAACAACCGGGUACGGUGCUCACAAUCGAUUUGUGAGAAAUUGUUGACCGUGAUUAUUAUGAGUUGAAUUCGAAUCGGACUGUUGCACCCUAGCCCCAAUCACGUGUCCAAAAUAUUCCAAAACCACAACCCUAGAGCACGGUUAAACUGUGCCGAAGUUAAAUCAGUUUCGAUCCAUAUUUCUUGUAUUGGGCUUUAGUUUUUUCAUGAAUCUUACUACUCAAAUAUUAGUGACCCAAGCCCGCAGGUAAUUGAGAAGGAAAAACAAGACGAAGAGUGGGCAGCAUCUCUUCAUCUUCUCUUCCCCAAUUCUGCACAUAGCUCUGCAAAUAGCUUCUACCUUACCAACCCCUCGAAUCUCUCUCGUGAUUCAUUUUUUACCUGCAUAGACCGGCGAUUCGUUAUCUUCCCUAACCGAACUGGACUGACUUCACGGCUACGUGUUGUAUGGUUUUCUUGGCGUGGUGGAGCCCUCCACGUGGAGCUUCUUUCAGUGCGUGGAGGCUGUUUGUGAAAAUGUCAAGCCGAGAGAAUUAUCGCAUACCGGCGGGAGAUUUCAAUCGACCUAGCUUCUUAGGAGAACUUCAAGCUUGGUGAAAAUUCAAGUGAAAGAAGUGAGCAGCUAGUCGAAUUUCAGAACAAUGUCGUACAGUCCGAGGCUUGUUUCGAGAAGUAAUUUGUGGCGCACUUUUAUCAGACACUCUUCCGUGUCAACUGUGACAGAGCAUCCCAGGAAGCUAAAGAGAUCUGAAAGGAAGCCGUGGGUGACGACUGACGAGUGUGAAUGAGCUCAAGCGGAAGGCGAGACUAGAGAGGGAAGAGAAACAAUCGGCGCGGGAACAAAUCUUGCGGCCGCCUGAGAAUGGGCUAUUGGUCAAAGAACUGAUCCCUGUUGCUCAUCAAGUUUAUGCCGCCACAGCUGAAUUGUUGAGUUGCGCCUCAAAUGUUGCGAAGACCUUAGCUUUGUAUUCCUGCAGGUAAAAUUGUUCACAGAUGAUGCAUGGUGGGUGAAUUUCCCUUGAGAGUUUUCUUUGUGUGUGAUCCCAACUUCUUUAUUUAUGCAGUGUUUGUGGAGAAGUUCAUGUAGGCCAUACUCCUCACAAGAUUAGGACUUGUGACGGAGUGGGCAGCCUGAAGAACAAAGAGCACAGAUGGAUGAAGGGAGGUGUUGAACAGAUUUUGCCUCUAGUCGAAUCUUUCCAUCUGUAUGACAGACUUGGAAGAGCUGUGUCUCAUGAUGAGCAGCUCAUAGUCGACCGGAUUCCGGCAGUUGUUGAAUUGUGUGUCCAAGGAGGUGUCAACAUUCCAGAGUACCCAACAAGAAGAAGGACCUUCCCUGCCUAUAGUGUUGCUGGUAGAAUUAUAGAUUUCGAGCGCAGGUUCCCCAAGGAAGAAGACACACCAGGCAAAGACAUCAAUACUAGUGGCUUUUGGGAGAAGAGGAAAUACCCAGUUGAGGUGACCGAGCCUGCAGACGCCAAAUAUGUCAACUUAGGAGAGGUUGCGAUUCGAGGAAUGGAAUCAUGGGAGGUAAUGCGAUCAGGGAUCCGGAAACUCAUAAGUGAGUAUGCUGUUCAUACUUGCGGAUAUUGCCCUGAGGUUCAAGUUGGACCCAAGGGUCACAGAGUAAGGAACUGCCAAGCUUUCAAGCACCAGAUGAGGGAUGGUCAGCAUGCAUGGCAGGAGGCUACUGUUGAUGAUUUGGCUCCCCCGGUCUAUGUAUGGCACGUUCGUGAUCUCAAUAGCCGCGAGCCUAUGGCAAAUGAUCUGCGGAGGUAUUAUGGCAUGUUGCCCGCGGUCGUGGAACUUUUCGCCCAGGCUGGUGGAAGGGUGAGCGGGGAUUGCGCUAGUUUGAUGAGGGAAGACGUUGCAGUGCCUGAACUGGAAGAAAUGAAGCUAGCAGUUUAAAGAAUUGAGCUGAACCUGGCUGCGUUCUGGGUAUAUUCAGGCGGUGGAAGUGAUAGGAAGAUGGUGAUGACAAUGGUAGAGUGGGAAAUGACGAUAUCAGGAGAGACGCCAGUUGUCAUUUGGUUAUUUUUGGCUUGGUCUAUUUGUAGACCAAAUCAAAGGCUAUCCGCACAUAUAUGCCAUCAAGCGAGAAUUAAGGGCUACCGCCAUUGCCAGAGUCAUCUCCGAAUUUCCCUUGCUAUUAAAUUACCAUUCAAACAAUGGGUGAUCGAGUAAUCAGAGAUCAGGCUUCGUGAGAAGAUCAAGAUGGGAACCCCUUUCUUAAACCAGAUGAAGAAGCAAGCAUGUUCUUUCCUUCAAGACAAGUACAAAACUGCAAGGCUGGCUCUAACCGACGUUACCCCGAUAGAAUUGUGAGCCCUCUGCAUCUGCAAUGCCAAUGUAUGCUCUUUCUUUUGACACGACGAGUUUGGUCGUGAUUGUUAUAUAUGUUCAUCUUUGUGGUCAGGCUGACUGAGGAAGCAACAAACAGCGACCCAUGGGGUCCUGAUGCUAAAACCAUGACUCAAAUCGCCGUUGCUUCGUUUGGUGUCGAUGCUUAUUGGAGAAUCAUCGACAUUCUUCACAAAAGGUACGUACAUACGCUCGAAGUAUAUGGAUUUUCCCCAAAAUACUGAACUUUAUGUUAAAAAAAAUCCCAGAAUACCACAUACUAAAAAUUACCAAAAUACACAAGUUUGGUGUGGUUCGCUCGAGUAUCAAGCGAACUAUGUAUCUGGUCGCUGGAGAUCGGAGUGAACCACUCUAGAUUGCGGCAAAUGGGAUCAGUUAGGUGUAGAUAACGGAGCGUAAAGUCGUUUGAAGUUUCAACAUAUGUUAGGUGUAGACAUCGGUGAUUUGUUUAAAGAUUUUUGGGGCAAGAUCACUGGGCUCAUCAGUGAUCUGGUGGAUCGCUCCUGUAUGCCUCAAUAUGGGCUUAGUUUGCUUAGGUUUGUUGUUAUUUUGGGUAGAUCGCCCAGUUGUCCUGCGAACACCAUCUAGAUCACUUGACAAUACAGCGAACCAAAUAAA